AUGAAGUUACUUUUGCUUUUGCUGCUGCUCCCGAGUCUAGGAUUUGGACAGGAAAACACUGUUAUUGUUAGCGAUGAAUAUCAUAUUAGCAAUUCGACGAAUUGUGUGAAAAUUGAUAUUGAGGAUUGCCGAAGCAUUCCUUAUAAGGAAGCAAUAUUUCCUAAUCUUUUAAAUCACAAAAAUCAGGCAGAAGCUGCAAUGGAAAUUCAGCAUUAUUCGUCACUGAUUCAGAUACAGUGUAGCCCAGACUUGAAAUUUUUCUUCUGCUCAUUAUAUGUACCUCUUUGCAAUUCGUUGGGAAGGCCAAUUCCUCCUUGUAGAUACCUUUGUGAAUCUUCUAGAGCAGGAUGUGAGAAAAUUAUGAGGAAAUUUGGACACUCUUGGCCAGAUGUAUUCGACUGUGAGAGAUUCCCUGUUGUUGGGGACUUGUGCAUUGGUGAGAAUCGGUCAAGUAGUGAGACGAAAACUAUGAAGGUUGUGGAUCGUGAUUUUGACGAGUGUCCCAACAACAUGCAAGUGCGAACUACUGAGGAGUAUACGCUCAGUAUUGCAAAUGAAACACUUAAACAAUGUUCGCUACCUUGCGACCCUGAUGACGACUCACAAAUGUUUUUUGAUGCACGAAUUCGCCGUAUUAUUCGGUUCUGGACAGGUGCAUGGGCUGUAAUAUGCUGCGCGAGUGCUCUUUUUACAGUUUUAACUUUUUCUAUUGAUAUGGCUCGUUUUCCUUAUCCAGUUAGGCCUAUUUUUUAUCUUGCAAUUUGCUAUCUGUUUAUAUCAUUUGUAUUCAUGAUCGGUUUGGUGGCUGAAAACAAGAUCUCUUGUGCAGCAGUCUCUUACAAAAACAAACCUCUGGUAUCACAGGGUAUGGAAAGCUCGUCAUGUGUUUUGCUGGGAGUACUUCAUUACUACUUCAGCACUGCAAGUAACAUAUGGUGGGUUGUAUUGUGCGUCGCAUGGUUUUUGGCAGCUAACCUGAAGUGGGCUCAGGAAUCUAUUGAAAGUUUGGCAUCGUAUUUCCAUUUGAUUGCUUGGGGUAUCCCGGCGUUGUUCUGCAUUAUGGUUCUAAUAUCACAUAGUAUAGACGGGGAUCCUUUCACCGGAAUUUGUUCUGUUGGGAAUCUGAAACCGACUACGCUGUUCAAUUUAGUUUUUUUGCCUCUUUUCGUCUGCAUAGCUUUUGGCCUGCUAUUUCUUGGUUUUGGAAUUGUAUCAAUGGUAAGAAUAAGGAAGUAUAUUAAAAUAAAACACAGUAAUAUUGAUCACAAUAUUCGGAAGUUGGAGAAACUAAUGCUUCGGAUUUGUGCAUUCGCUUUCAUGUACACUUUUCCAACAAUAGUUAGUGCAGCAUGCAUUGGGUACGAGGCUUUUAUGAUGGAAAGCUGGUUAACGAAGUGGAUUAAAUGCGGUAACACUAAUGUAAAAGAAUUGGAUUCUUCAAGAAAGGCUCAGUGCAAUGAAUUACAAAAUAUUCAGAAACCUGAACCUAUGGUGUAUCUGUUUAAAUACCUCUUUCAAUUAGUUGUUGGCAUCACUUGUGCUGUUUGGGUUUGUAGUAGUAAAACUUUAGAGAGCUUUUCUAAGGCAUAUGCCAGAAUUUGUUAUGGUAGGUCGCGAGUUCCUACACAGGCACCUUGA